GUCUCUUGCGUAUGAGGAUAACAAUUUCUCGAGAGCCUCGUCCUCCUGAAUCCCUCGUUUACACAGCAAAGAUCCUGCGAUACGGCUGAAUCCCGGGGAAACGCGACCCACAUGGUGAAAAUCCGUUUGGCAUAGAUGCAUACUCUGUGCAUACCGACGACUAUCAGCUGGACCCCGAUCCCACCCAACUGAGGGUAAAAAAGAAAAAAAAAAAAGAAAAGAAAAGAAAAGAAAGGGCCGCCUAUUAAACUUUUGCCGGCUUAUAUUCUGCUUCUGCCGUGCAUGGAAUGCGAAGUUGACGAAUCCCCGUCGUCGUGUUUAUCAGCUCCGGGUCUGUGCUGCUUGUCGUAUAUUACUUUUUAAAUGCCCGGUAUUUAUUUGUCGGGUUGCUAGUGGAUCGCAUAUCUAUUGUUUGACAAACACUGAUUGUGUAUUUGGGUACAUAGUCUCAUGAAGGGGACCGGGUUGUCGUCUUUUAUCCAACGCCCGCGGCGGCAAAAUGUCGCUCGUUCGGCGACUAUAGCGCUGCUGGGUUUGGCAGGAUUGUUGUGGCUAGGGAAUAAUUAUAAUAAUAUAAAUAAUGGUCAUGAUGUGAACCCUUUUGAUGACAUUCCGGGAGCAGGGUUUAGUUGGCAUCAGAUCACACCAUCUUCUUCCAUUGAAUACCAUGACUGUUUCGAUGGCUUUCAGUGUGCUCGACUCGAAGUCCCAAUGGACUACAACCGCGCCGAUGGACAAGGCCGCCGCGUUGCCGUUGCCUUGACACGAUUACCGGCCAAAGUGUCUGCCACGGAUCCGCGAUAUGGAGGAGCGGUUCUGAUCAAUCCUGGAGGCCCUGGGGGAUCAGGCGUGAUGCAGGUUCUAGUAGCCGGACGAGAUCUACAAACAAUCGUAGAUGCCGAAGAAAGCCCUGACGCAACCGGAAACACACCACAUACAAAAUACUUUGACGUGAUAGGCUUCGACCCCCGAGGCGUGAAUAACACAACCCCCGGCUUUAGCUGCUUCCCCGAUCUCUCUUCGCAGGUGGCCUGGGAACUGCAGAUGGAAGCAGACGGGAUGCUGGGUAGCUCAGAGAACUCGUUUAUGCGUCACUGGCAACGAGCGCAGGCACUAAACCAAGGAUGUUCAUUGAAUUUAGCGACACCCCCAGCCGGCGAGGAUGAAGCCCUAGGAAACCAUAUCAACACCGUCCCCGUCGCACGGGACAUGCUUGAGAUCAUCGAACGCCAUGCAGAGUGGCGCGAGAAACAAGGACAACUACAACAAACCCUCCAUGACCGAACACACGGCCACGACCCCGAACAACACAUUAUAACCCGUACCCGCUGGCACCGCAACGACGAAAAACUCCUCUACUGGGGCCGCUCCUACGGCACCGUCCUAGGAACAACCUUUGCAACAAUGUACCCAGACCGAAUAUCCCGCAUGGUCCUCGACGGCGUCGUCGACGUCGACAAAUACUUUGCCGAUAUUGGCCCAAACCCAAUCCGCGACGCAGACGCCAUAUUCGAUCGCUUCGGACUAUACUGCGACGAAGUCGGACCAGAUUCUUGUCCACUAUACACAACGGGCGGGCCAGAAUCCAUCAAAGAGGCCUUCCUAACCCUCGACGAGAAAGUACAUAAUGCCUCAAUUCCAGUAAUGGCAUCACCAUCUCACGGGCCAGAGGUAAUUACCUGGACUGAUAUCCGCAAUUUGCUCCGUGUCGCUCUGUAUCAACCGAUAUUCGCAUUCCCGCUGUUCGCGCAGUACCUGGCUCGACUGAGCAACGGCGAUGGCUCGGCCAUAGUUGAUUUUAAGCAGGUAAAUCAUCGUUCCUCGUGCCCGUCUAAUCAGUGUCAAAUGGCUGGACCGUGGUCGACGGCGUGUCGGGAUCCGGGGGAGAAUGAGAGCUAUGCGACUUCUGCGAUUCUGUGCUCGGAUGCGGAGUAUAUGGGUGAUGUUGAUGAGGAUGGGUUUAGGGAGUAUUGGGAUGAGUUGAAAAAGGAUAGUAAGAUGCUAGGCGAUUACUGGGCGCAUAUUAGGAUGUCUUGUGUUGGGUGGAAGGCUAGGGCGAAGUGGAGGAUACCAGGCCCCUUCACAGCAACCACAUCCAACCCACUCCUCCUUAUCAGCAAUACCCUCGAUCCAGUAACACCGCUCCACAGCGCAGAGAAAAUGUCUCGGAGCUUCUCUGGUUCUGUCGUUCUGCGACAGGAUUCUGAAGGCCAUACAUCCGGAGCAUCACCAUCACUCUGUAUCGCGAAGGGUGUUAGGCGAUAUUUUCAGGCUGGUGAGUUACCUGAUGCGGAUGUGGUUUGUGAGGCGGAUUUGAAGCCGUUGCUUGGGCCGACGACGGCGUCGUUGAUAGACAAGGAGGAGAGUAUGACUGAGAGUGAGAGGGUGUUGAUGCAGGCGAUGAUGAAUGAGGUGCAGAGGGUUAGGAGGAGGCCGUUAUAGGAGAUAGACAUAAUAAUUGCUGCAUGCUGUGAGACUACUUGAGAUAUAUAAUGUUAUACGAG